AUGGAGCGGCAGAAUCUAGCACUAGAAGUCCCGACAGACGCUGGAUAUGAAGAACUGAAGAUCGAAGCCUCGCUGGAGACGGCGGUAGAUCGACCCAAGUAUAAACCUCCGCGCACAAUACUGAAGAGGCCGAAGAUGACGUCGAUCAAGUGUCGGAAGAUCGAGACGAGUCAGGAUCAAGACGUUCCCGACUCCCUGCCUACAGAUAACUCACCGCCGGAUAUUUCACCGUCGGAAAAACCGUCGUCGGAGAUUCGACCGUUGGAUCUAGCGUCUGUCGCACGCGAGGUUUCAGAUCGGUCGUCUAUCGCAGAUGGAGACUCUAUAUCGCCGGACAUCGACCCACCACCUGCUGUUGAAGAUCAACGAGACGGAUCGGAUGUAGACAUCAUCUGGGACUCAGAUCAAGAUUAUGACGAAUGUGUAUACUACGACGAAGGAAGCGAGCUGUACGCGGAAGACGUCGAUGACCAGAUGGUGGUACUACUGCCAGAAGUGCUACCCCAGACGAAAUUGAUCAACUUCGCCAAAGGAACUGGAAGUUCCGGCAUUCUCUUGAUCGGCAAAGGAAAUACCCUGCCACCGGCCACCCGAGGUAUUGUGUGCGCCAUCGGUGUCGGAGAAGCCUAUCCCCUGAAGUGUCGUAGUUGCUUCAGGGAGAAGCAGGUGGACUUGAUCAAAGGUCUAUUAUCUACCAAGAAGAUUAAUUCCUCUAGAUCACCGUGGGCUUCCCUGUUCGUGAUGACCAUCAAGACCAAUGGAGUGGAUAUCAGGUUGUGCAUCGAUUACCGAUCUGGAGUCGACACUUUAGGACUGUUCUUUGGAUAUGAUGAGUGGAGUUUGGGUAGUGAAGAUGACGAAUCGUGCUCGUUUGAUAUCGGUGUUUAUUACUCUUUUGGAUUAUUUGAGUGGAAUCGAAUGCAUUUCGGCUUGAAGAAUGCGCCACAAACCGAUCAACGUAUGGUCAAAAAUGCGCUAUACGGAUUCACCCGGAUCCCGAAGUCUGAACAUGAUGGAGGCUGGGAACCGGUGGAUCCAGACAAAUCAUUGUUGGAGUAUCUGGGUUAUAAGGCCUCCCACAAUGGACGGGAGGCGAAUCCGAAGGAUCUGUCGACAUUGACUGAUCUAUCGUUUCCAGGAUAA